AUGAAUCUCUAUGAGAUUGUAAUGCUACCUCAACUCAAGGUUCUAGCUCUUGGGCAAUAUGUCUUUACUGAUGAGCGACAAACAGACUGGAUUGCAACUAUCGGAGAAAGAAACGCAAGUGGUGGUCUAGAGGAGCUCUAUCUGGAUGAAUGUCCUAUCUUAUUCAAAGCCCAUCAACACAGCCCCCUGACCAGUGAUGGAUACCUUGAUCCGCGAGCUACCUUGAAGGGUAAUUAUGCUACUUCUGUUACCAAAGAAUAUAACAUCAGAUGGCACAAUGUCCUUGAAACCUGGAGAGGACGUAUGGAAGGCCCCAAGAAGUUCAUCAUGGGCCAUGGCGAUUGGUCGUCUCAAUGGCCGAGUACCAAAACAUUGAUAGAAUACGAAGGUUUUGUCAAUCUCAACAGCGAUGAGCUGAGUCCAAUGUUUAGUGAAAAUGUUCACAGAAACUUUUGCAAACCUGCAGGCGUGGAGACAGCACGAAUGCAGUAUCUUAAGUAUAAUGCCGGCAUGUGUAGGCCAUGGGAUAAUCCAUAUCCGACCUGGGGAAGAAGUCGACCAGACGAUGGUUGGGCACCAGAGAAGGAGACUGUCCAAAUGGAUGAUGCGGCGUACGAGCUACUCAUGGCAACUAGUCGGGACAGGAUUUUAGGGGACGAGAAAUAA